UUACAGAGAAGUCACUAGGUAUGUGACUCUGAAGACAGUCGGUCAAGUCACGGGAUACCGUCACAUUAGCUUUCUGCCUUUUUCAGUGGACCUUACUGAAAGGCAGUGAUGCAUUUACUAGGGUCCACUGUCCUUUUCUCUGUCUUGCUGCAGAUAUUGUCCCAUCCAACCGAGGACUGGCAGAAGGCCACAUCUAUUUAUGACUUCUCUGCCAAGGAUAUUGAUGGGAAUGUUGUGUCCCUGGAGAAAUACAGGGGUGAUGUUGUCAUCAUCGUCAACGUUGCCUCUAAAUGAGGUAAAACCCCAGUAAACUACUCUCAGUUUGCACAGAUGCACGCUAAGUACGCUGAGAAAGGUUUACACAUACUAGCCUUCCCCUCAAACCAGUUCGGGAGACAGGAACCUGGCACUGAAGCUCAGAUCAAAGAUUUUGCAAAGUCCUACAAUGCUGCAUUCCCAAUGUUCAGUAAGAUUAAUGUGAAUGGAGAUGAUGCACACCCGCUGUGGAAAUGGUUGAAGGAGCAGCCCAAUGGCAAAGGCCUCUUUGGAAAUUCCAUCAAGUGGAAUUUCACUAAGUUCCUGAUCAACAGAGAGGGCCAGGUUGUGAAGAGAUAUGGCCCAAUGGAUGAUCCCAGUGUGAUAGAGAAGGAUCUUCCCAAGUACCUGUAAUUCUUUGAUGACUGAGAGACUGACCAGCACACUCAUGAUACUCCCCUUUUGUUCUCUCUGACGAGCCAAUGGGUGUAAGGGGUGUCCAAGUCCCCAGACCAGUGACGGUCUGUCCGAAAACCUAACGGGCAGGACAGACCUGAUGAAAACGGCGUGCAACCCCUUGGGGAAGGAUCCCUUAUACUCUGCCAGAACACUGGAGUGUAACCCUGACACUGUGCUGACCAUGACCCAGAGUUUAUAACAAUAAACAGAAGUAUUUGGUAAUUAAACUAAA